UGAGGCCAGGGACUGGGAGACAGGCAUUCGGGUGGCUCUGGCUCCGCGGUGCCCCCUCACACUACCCCCUCCCCCCCGGGCAGGAUGUGGCUGAGCCCCGAGGAGGUGUUGCUGGCCAACGCGCUGUGGGUGACAGAGCGGGCAAACCCUUUCUUCGUGCUGCAGCGGCGGAAGGGCCACGGCCGAGGCGGAGGACUCACCGGGCUGCUGGUGGGCACCCUGGAUGUUGUUCUGGACUCGAGUGCACGUGUCGCUCCGUAUAGGAUCCUCCAUCAGACUCAGGACUCCCAGGUGUACUGGAACAUUGCAUGUGGUACCUCCAGGAAGGAGAUCACAGAACAUUGGGAAUGGCUGGAGCUCAAUCUCUUACAGACUCUAUCGGUCUUUGAGAAUGAAGAUGAUGUGACAACCUUUGUCAAGGGGAAAGUUCAGGGUAUCCUCGCUGAGGAAAACAAAAACAAAGAGGUGAAGGAGGACGAGGAUUCUGGAAAGUUCAAGGAGGCGGAAUUGAAAAUGAGGAAGCUGUUUGGAAUGCCAGAGGUGGAGAAGUUGGUGAAUUACUACUCGUGCAGUUAUUGGAAAGGCAGAGUGCCUUGGCAGGGGUGGAUUUACCUCAGUGUCAAUCACCUUUGCUUCUACUCCUUCCUGCUGGGAAAGGAAGUGAAGUUGGUAAUCCGCUGGGUUGAUGUGACCCAGCUGGAAAAGAACGCCACUCUUCUCUUCCCUGAAUGCAUCAAGGUGAGCACUAGAGACCAGGAGCACUACCUCUCCAUGUUCCUCAACAUCAGUGAGACCUUCAAACUAAUGGAGCAACUGGCCAACAUAGCCAUGAGGCAACUGCUGGACAAUGAGGGCUUCUCCGAAGACAAGUAUCUGCCUAAGCUCAGGAAGUCACUCAAAAAUGUCUCAAUGCUUAAACGGGACCUAGAUGCUCGGGCCAAGAGUGAGCGAUACAGAUCCAUGUUUCAGCUCCCAAAAGAUGAGAGAUUGGACGGUCACACAGAGUGCACUCUUUGGACUCCCUUCAAUAAAAUGCACAUCAUGGGACAGAUGUUCGUCUCCAACAAUUAUAUCUGCUUUGCAAGUAAAGAGGAGGAUGUCUGCAAUCUAAUUAUACCGCUGCGUGAGGUGACAAUUGUGGAGAAAGCAGAUAGCUCCAGUGUCUUACCCAGUCCUUUGUCCAUCAGUACCAAGAACAAAAUGACUUUCCUUUUCGCUAACCUAAAGGACAGGGAUUUUCUGGUGCAGAGAAUCUCGGACUUUCUACAACGAACGCCAUCUAGGAGACGUUCCAUUAAGGAAGAGCUGCAGAACUCCAAGUGCAUAGAAAGUGAGGUUCUCCUGGAGCAGCGCAAAGUGUCCUCGCCCAGUCCCUCUACGCCCAGUCCAGGUGUCAUCUUGGACAACACUGAAACUGCUCCCACCACCACCCGUGCGCUGAUGACCAUCUUCCGAAAAGAGCCAACGGAGGAACUCAGUCCGAAGAUGGCUAAGGAGAAGAUGAAAGAGGAAUCUUGGAACAUUCACUUCUUUGAAUUUGGCCGUGGGGUUUGUAUGUAUCGCACGUCAAAAACUCGUGACCUAGUGCUAAAGGGGAUGCCAGAAUCCCUGAGGGGAGAGCUGUGGCUGCUGUUCUCAGGUGCUCUGAAUGAGAUGGUGACACACCCAGGAUACUAUUCUGAACUGGUGCAAGAGUCUAUGGGAAAGUAUAACCUGGCGACUGAGGAGAUUGAGAGGGAUCUGCACCGCUCGAUGCCUGAACACCCAGCCUUCCAGAACGAGAUGGGCAUUGCUGCCCUGCGGAGGGUGCUAACCGCCUACGCAUUCCGUAACCCUAACAUCGGGUACUGCCAGGCCAUGAACAUUGUCACCUCUGUCCUGUUGCUGUACUGCAAUGAAGAAGAAGCUUUCUGGCUCCUGAUUGCACUCUGUGAGAGGAUGCUGCCUGAUUACUACAACACCAGGGUAGUUGGUGCACUGGUGGAUCAAGGUGUGUUUGAGGAUCUGACACGGGAGCACCUUCCCCUCCUCUACGAGUGGAUGCAGGAGCUGGGUGUGAUCAGCACUAUCUCUCUCUCCUGGUUUUUGACGCUGUUCCUCAGUGUCAUGCCAUUUGAAAGCGCCGUGGUAGUGGUUGACUGCUUUUUCUAUGAGGGCAUCAAAGUUAUCUUCCAGGUGUCUCUUGCUGUACUGGAAGCCAACAUGGAGAAGCUGCUGAAUUGUUCUGACGAGGGAGAAGCAAUGACUAUUCUUGGCAGGUACCUGGACAAUGUUUGCAACAAGCAGUGUACAACACCCCCAAUCCCACAUCUACAUGCUUUACUCACCAAUGGUGAUGAUCUUCCACAACAAAUAGACAUCUUUGAACUGAUUAAGUCAUCAUAUGAAAAAUUUGGGUCCAUCAGAGCGGAUGCGAUUGAGCAGAUGCGAUUCAAGCAGAGACUGAAGGUCAUACAGUCACUGGAGGACACAGCAAAGCGGAGUGUGGUGCGUGCUAUCCUGACGGAAACUGCUUUCAGUAUUGAGGAGCUGGAGGAGCUCUAUUUACUUUUCAAGGCCAAACACUUGAUGAGCUGUUACUGGGGUGGGAGCAGCAGUGCAGCAGAGAGACACGACCUCAGCCAGCCUUACCUGGAACAGUAUCGCAUUGAUUCAGAGCAAUUCCAGGAGCUCUUUGUGGCGCUGUCACCUUGGACUUGUGGACCACAUUCUCAGGCCCUCGCUGGGCGCAUGUUCCGCCUCUUGGAUCAAAACAGAGACUCACUUAUCAGCUUUAAGGAAUUCAUCACUGGGCUGAGUGGAAUGUACCAUGGCGAUCUUGUAGAGAAGUUGAAACUCUUGUACAGACUGCACCUGCCACCAGCUCUUUGGCCAGAGGAAGAAUCAGCAUUAGAAGCUACUCAAUACUUCACUGAGGAUCCCUUGGCUGAUGUGUCACAUGCGACAUACCUUUUGUCAGACAUGGAUUUCCUCCUCAGCCAUGGGGCAUCAGAUGCGGCCACAGGAGUGGAGGUGACUGGACAACCGGUGCAAGACAGGGCUGGAAAUGGGAACGUAAAACAAAAGAAAGAUGACAAGACUGGUUCACAAGAUUACAGAUAUCACCUGAGGCUAUGGGCUCGAGAGAAAGAAAACCCAAAGGACAACAUUAAAGAGUUGACUAAGAUGAACCAGGAACAGUUUAUAGAGAUGUGCAAAACUUUAUACAAUAUGUUCAGUGAGGACCCAGCUGAGGGGGAGCUCUACCACGCCAUAGCAACCGUUGCUACGCUGCUGCUCCAGAUCGGAGAAGUCGGCAAACAGUUCUCCAGCCCCAUGUCUAGGAGGUCAAACGAGAUGGGGGAUCACAAGGGCUUGGGCAUCCAGAGUAAGGAGGGGGUCUCCGCUCCAGAAGAGGCAAAGGCUGACGUGGCCCAGACCAACGUCAAAGCGGACUAUGAGUCAGAUGUAUUAAGUGACACAUUGAAGACCCAGAUGGAACGCAUGAAGCUGGCCGAGUGCGUGGCCACCAGGAGGGAGACCUCGACAGUGCAGUCGUUGACUGAUGAGGAGGUGAGGGAUGACACUUCAAUGUCCUCAUACUCUAUGGUGAGCUCUGGCUCCCUCCUGUGUGAGGACAUCUCUGAGGACACCGUCCUGGUUGGCUGUGAACAAACAGCAGCGGUCCAGGGGCGGCCCAGUGCCAUUGACUUGGAUUGGUCCAUCUCUUUCGAGCAGAUUCUGGCCUCGGUGCUGACCGAACCAGCUCUUGUUGGAUUCUUUGAGAAACGGGUGGACGUGCGUCCCAAGAUUGCGAAGUGCAAGAGUCAAAGAGUAAUGGAGCGGCAGGUCAGCUCAUCCAGUGACCAGGAACUAUCGCCGACGUCCAGCUGACUCAAAACUGCCCCCAACCCGUGACCUGACGCUGAGGGGAACUUGGUGUUGGUAUCGCUGUCCUACCCGGAUCAUGUUUUAUCAACCAGUAUACCACAUGCCAGAAGUUUGUAUUCUGUCCGGGGAGAGAUUUCAGGGCUGUGAUCUUGAUUAGUUUCCAGUGGCCUGUAGGCAAAUCCCUCCCUCUCCAAGUCAGAGUCAAAGACCUUCUCAACCCAGAGAUUCAGUCACUGAUGAAACUUAUGGAUUGAGCUGAUUUCUGUCUCCCGAGUGGCCCUAGUUUCACCUACCUUAGAGCAAACAUCUUAAAACACACCUUAACCCAGAAUAGAAGCAAAGGCAAGUCACUGGCAUAGGCUCAGUGCUCAGCUUCUCAUUCUUUUUAAAGACAAAAUAUUGUGUCUAUAAACAACAGGAACUGAAUAUAAAAUCAAAAGAGAAUCAGUUUUAUUACUAAGGUUAUAUAAUUUGCCCAGGUAUAGACAUGCAGAAAGAUAGCUUGCUACUAACCGCUUGUAGAGCAGACUUUAGUUGUAAACGUUAUUUGUGCCUAAUGCUGUUGCUCUUCUAAAAGCACCUUUUAAGUGACAAAAACUAAUAAGUUGCCUUCCGGUGGUCAGGGUAUACAUUUGUACAUGUGCGCAUUCAUUUCAUGAACAGAGUGAAUUAUUCUAGAUGAACCUGGGAUGGAAACAAGAGGGAAGGUUGAAUGAUCUGCGUGUUUAACACUGAACAAAGCUGUGAAGAAGUAACCGGAGCAGUAUUUUGGAAGGGGUGGUGUGGGUGGGGACACAGUAUUUGAGUCCUAACCUUUCAGCAUUUACAGGUUGGGAGUCCAGCAUUAAUUCAAUAAAGCCAGAUUAAAGACCUCCCAGCACUUUCUGUUCAAACACUAUGGAUCAGAAAGGGUGGAACUUAAUACCAAAACCAAAAUCAUUUCAAGGUGAAUAUUUGUUAAUUUUGACCCUAUAGAUUUUUAUUGUAAUUAAUUGUGGGUCAGAGAGGGGUUAGCACAAGCUGAGAGUCUCUGGCAGUUCAUGGGUAAGUAAUAUUUUGCUUUUAUUAGGUUUACUCUAUUUGGGACUGUCUAGAGUUUGAUUGACAAAUAUAAGAUUUGGAAUCCAAAACUGGUGAAAUGACCAUUGACUGUUGAAGAUUAACGGAAAAGAUGAUUACUAGAGUUCAUCCAGUUAAACUUUAAACAUGCUGUUUGAGAAUAAGCAGGUAUGGUACUCACCUAGGGUGCUGGGGACAACAGGAAAUGUGGAACAUCAGGGCUGUGCCCGAGCUGAAGUCAGUGAAGCAAAUUUUAUCCCUGGAGCGUGUUUCUCUUGCUUUUCUAUGCGUUGUUAUUCAGUAACUUGUAGGCUCCACCCUGCUUGAUGUAUUAACUGUACUUGAAGCAUCUGCCUGCUGGGAGCUCAUGGAUUUCCAGUAACAAUGACCUAUGAAGUAUACUUGGCCCCAUCAUGCCUGUACUGACUCUCUUCUUAAAAGUUUAUGAAGAACCAAUGAUUCAUUUUAAUCUCUGAAUAUAUUCAGAAAUUUAUAUUUGGGACUGAGUCUGUUUUGGAUGACUUUCCUGAUCAGUGCCCUGUUCUCUGAUUAAACUUCCUUUCUUUCUUAGUACCAUUUCUUGAUAGUUAAUUCACUAAUGGGCGGCAGCUGUCAGUAAUGCUGCGGUUCCGACACACUGUCUCUUGUGGGAGUAUAAGGGGAUGGAUAUAAAACUGAAACUGCUUCCUGUUUUCAUUUCACUUCCUAUGAAAACAGAAUUGUAGCAGUAUCUGAGCACACAAAAUGCUGAAGAUGCAUGAUCAUCCUUCAUCAUCUGUGAAGACUUUUUUUUUGAAAAGUAUUUUAAAAGGGUGGUCACUUUAACAUAAUGAAUACUUGUAGAUUCAGUUCUGAUAAAUUGCAUAGGCUGCCCACUCUUCACUUUCUUUUUCUCAUCCCCAAAUUGUGUAGUCUGGGAGGUUUAUUUCAGUAGUUGAAACUGCCCGUGCCCACUCCUUUGCUAUUUCUGAUUGUGUGCUUGUGUCAACAGCAUUUGUUUUGGGAUUUCCAUUGCCUCAUCCUUCACUCACUGAGUAUCUGUGCUCGCCUUUCAUUUGUCACGUGUGCCCCACUGUAAGAAUACAGUGAAAAACUUUUACAAGAUGGGUUAGUCCUGUGACUCCCUUGCCAUCAAAAUAGCAGUAGAGAAAAGGUUUUGUUUUAUUUUCAAAUACUUCUUUGCACUUUAAUAUAAACACUAGGAUUACGUCGAUAUUUUUAAAUGUUUAAGUUGUCAAGAACACCUCUUGUAUUUUACCAUGUAUCCCACUGGGUGCAAUAAAAUAUACGAAUGAGAAUUUCAAGAGUGUGGGGGGAGAAAAAGUUCACAACAACAUGUUUUAUUUUGCUUUUUGCAAUUUGUGGAUUCCAAACACAGAUAAGUAUGAUUUUUACUCAAGUAGUCACUUUAAUGUAAUAAAACAAAGAACUGCAGAUGCUGACGAUCUGAAACAAACAAAAACAGAAAUUGCUGGAGAAGCUCAGCAGGAAGGUCACGAGACUGUGAACAUUAACUCUUUUUUUCUUCACAGAUGCUGCCAGAUUUGUUGAGUCUCUCCAGCAAUUUCUAGUUACCUUAAAACUUCGCUAGAAUGGAGGAAGAUUAAAAUAAUUUGUGUUGUAAAAAGAGCAGUUUAUAAAUUUCUCUUUUUUUUGUCCAGCCCUUGAUUUGUUGCCUAAAAAGCUGCAAUUAUAAUCUUAUUGUAUGAGAGAAGAGGUGAUAGAAGAGGGGAUUAAUAGAUAUGAGUAUUAGGGCUAAAGUUGUGUGUCUUCAUCCUGAACCUUGAUAUUAUUGAUAUCCAGACUGGGAUUGGGAGGGGUGCUUACCAACUCUGAUUUGAUUGUAUUGCUGGAGGUUUUAAUCAUGUGACCUGUACCCGUCCAGACCUCCCUCCCCACUGUCUCAGCAUUAACUGUUCAACCUUGUGGCGUCUCAUGUCCAAUCAGAGGGAACAGACUCUGUCACCCAACUGUCAGUCAAAUGGGUUUAUAAUUGCUAAUGUUGCUUGAAGACAACUGGAUUUUUUUGUUUAAGGCAACCCCCCUGAUUUAGAAGAUUAGUCUUCCAAUCCUAGUGACUCCAGUUCAAGGCUGGAGGGCUGGUUCCUUACUCCGACAAUGAUUUCCUUUGUUUGUGCCAUAAUCCAAUGUGAACACUUCUAGAUUAUUAUAUAUUUGUGUGAACUUUUUUAAUAAAAGCAAAGUUGCAAUGCAUGUUUUAUCAAUUUGUUUACACCUGCAAUGGGACCUUGUUCAUUUUCUUCUGAUUUCCAAACCAGCUCCAUUCUGCAUGAAGAUUUUUGUGAUAAAUAAAAGCAAAGUUUUGCAAAUACUGAAAAUCUGAAAUAGAAGAAACUAACAGAAAUGUUCAUUUCUACGGAGAAAGAAAUAAAAAUGUUCAAAUCAAACUUAACUGUUCAGAACAGUUGGGAUAAAAUGACAUUUGUGACUCAAGAUUCAUCUUCAAAAUAAAACUGCUUAAGUAAUUUCUGAAAAAGGAGGUUGACAAAAUUGAUCCCUUAUGACACCGUCUGACUCAUUGGAACUGAUUUUAUUUCUUUGGAUGUGAAAUGGAGGCAGGAUCAAUUUACAGCGUUAAAGGCAAAGCACUGCAGAUAAAGGAGAUAUGCAGUAAAGGCUGAAAUUGCUGGUGAGACUCAACACAUCUGGCAGUGUCUAUGGAGGGGGAGACAAAGUUAACAUUUUGAAUCCAAAUGACUUCUUCGGAUCCCUGUCUCUGUCUUUCCCCCACCCUCGCUCCCUCCACGGAUGCUGUCUGACCUGCUGAGAUCCUGUAGUACUUCGUUUUUAUUCUGUUUGCAUUCAUGUAUGUAAUGUUUUAUUGCUGAUUUUGUAUGGUCCUUAAGAACAAAAGUUCAAUUUCCGGAAAUGCUCGGAGGAGAAUCUAUUUGCAAAUGGUGUUUUAUGCAAGGGGUUAACACCAGUUCGGUAAUGAAAUAAAGACACUGGAAAUUUCAUUUUGCUUUUACUUAGCUACACCUUUGGAAUUCUACACACUGUCUAUAUGCUGUUAAUAAGUGUACCUUAAUUAUUUUUUUGCUGAGUAGUCUUAAUUGCAUUCUUGGCUGUCAAUUAAUUUAUUUUGAAUAAAAGGCAGAUGUAAUUCGGAGUUUUUUUGUUAUUACUGUACUGGCCUUGUUGGUAUUGGUCUGGUUACUGGA